CCCCAUUUACUCUCCACUAACCACUCACUACUAGAAACAAAAAAAAUCACUUCCACACUCAUAUACGAAUAGACUAUUAGCUGUAAUGACCAAAGAUCAUAUCGAGCUCGAAUCAGAUAUCCUGACGGUGCAUGAGCAAGCCCAAGAACCUAGGAAAAAGGGUGCUGACCUCAAAGGAUCCCUCGAUAUCUCCAUAGCCCAGACACAGAGCUCUUUCUCUACUAAAGAUCAACAACAAACAUUAUCUCGCUCAGACUCUGACAUAUCCGCUCCUUCUACCCCGACAAAAAAGCCUCUUGUCUUCAAAAAGCCUACAAAACACAAGUUUACAUGGGAGGAGCUUACAAAGUUGGUUGCCGAAAAGGAUUUGAGUCCGAUGGCCCGAUCCGAGGCCGUCCAGGAAGCAUACCAGCGGGCCAUCAAAAGGCGUACAAAGAAGUAUGGGUCACCCGAUGAAUAUAUUCGCCAGCGAGUUCUUCAUUGGCCACCUAUGGAAAAUGUUUCUUCUCCUUCCUCUCCCUCCACGGACAGCGAUGAUUCCUCGUCCUCGGGCUCUCCUCCUCCUUCGCCCACAGAGCCCGUUGACCCUCUGGAGUUUGCGCUCAAAAAGAAUGAAUUCCCAUACUCGGUAGAAUCCGGUAUUGAGCAUUGGUUAAUAUGGUCCAAGAAUCCAUUGCCAGAUGAGGAUUGGAUCCGCAGGUAUCUUGAGGAGCGACUUCCGGGGCGCGAAUAUCUCUUCUUUAUUAACCCACCUGAGCUGCGCAGUGUGCCUUCGAUUCAUCAUGUUCAAGUCUUUACUAAAGGUUAUGGUGAAGUACUAGAUGAAGAAGACCUUGAAGCGAAGAAGGAUGAGGAUAAGGCUUCUCGAUAGCUGUACGCCCUUGUUGCUAUCACCUUUGCAUGAACACCAACCAUAAAUAAUAGCAUCAACAUUUCAAAAAAUAAUAAAAGAUAUAAAAAAUCUCCAUCAAGCGGUAUCAAUUAUAACAGCAGCAGUUUCUUCGAACCAAUCUUGUUAGUGAGGCAUGUGAUUGAGUGGAAGAAUAUGCUUCAGUAACC